GUUUGUCUUGUGACUUCCUGUUCUAGUUCUCACUGUAAAAGCUGUCAAGUCAUCAUCAUCGACAUCAACCCUCUUGUAUGUGCUUUUGAAGAGUCAUGAGCUCCAGUAGAGGACAGAAAGACGGUACUUUCUCUUUUCUACCAAUGGAUCUGAGUGGAAAGUUGAUGAUCAAGGCACGUCUGGGUGAUGAUUUCAGAAGAGUGCCCAUUCACAACGAAGACAUCACUUAUGACGAGCUUCUUCUCAUGCUACAACGAGUGUACAAAGGCAAACUGAACAACACGGACGAGGUCACACUCAAGUAUUGUGAUGAAGAGGGUGACUAUAUAACAAUCUCUGACUCCUCUGACCUGAACUUGGCCAAGCAAAUCUGUCGUCAGCUCAAAAUAAAGAUAUAUGUGCAUGGUAAAGUGCCUCUGCCUACACUGGAUGCCUCAGAGGUUCAGGAGGUCAGGACAGAGCUGGUGACCAUACGAAACAAGGUCAACACCCUCCUUAAUGCUCUGGACGGAGCCUCUAGUAAAUCAGGAGGCACGACCAACGCUAUCCCAGUAUCGAGCACUCCCAAGGCUCCUGAUACCAUCAAGCAGAGUGCACCCAGUUCCAACAUGUCAUCUGUUGCUAGGACAGAUGACAGCAAUCCUAAGACAGCUCCCACUGGUAGCCUGGGAAUUUUUGACCCACUAAAGCCAACAUCAUCACAACCUGCUGCUCCAGCUACUUCACAACAGAGUUCCACAUCCCAGUUCUUUGCUCAGGGGAGCUCCACCGAUUUUCUGACAUCUCAACCCCCCAAUCAGCAGUCUCGCUAUCCGCCGCAGAUGGGUCCAGGGCAAGUGACACAGCAACAGACGGGGCAAGUCAACCCAAGUUUCUACGGUGACCAACAGCAACAACAACAACAGCAACAGCAACCGGGAUACAGCACUGGCCAACAAGCCUACCCUCCUACACAAAGUGGCUACCCACAGUCCGCCCCCGCUCCCACACCACCCACACCGUCCUCACAGAUGCACACUCCCACGCAAUACCCUCCCAAUCCGGCCACUGCAACCCCUCAACCACAAGCUGGCUACUACUAUCAAAACCAGCCACCGAGGCCUUCAUCAGCACAGCAGUAUGCUUACAGGCAGCAGGGUUAUCAGUAAAGAAACUGAACUGAACUAGAACUGUGUACCGACUAUAGUACGGUGCUAUGUGUGCGCUGUUUAUGAAUCUUAUUGUGUGUGUGUAUUCAGUUGUUCAAUAUGCUG